AUGGAUUGUCCAGGAAAUGCCGCAUGCUCCAUUGGCAGACUGAUGUUACAGCGCAUAUCCAACAAUUCCAUGUCAGGUCACCUUGAAAGCUUAAAUCCGGACGAUGAGUUAGUUAUGCCAGCUAUGCCUCAUAUGAAUGUUACGAACUCUCCUGAAACCCUUCUUGAUGAAAAAGAACGACAAGACACCUCUUUUCAUGUUCAUGCAAUUGUAAAUGAAGCUGCACAUGCAAAAGUUUCAUCCUAUAUCCCCGAAAACUGUAAAAACCAAACUUUAGCACACUCACCAGAUAACAAUAAAAGUCUGGCAUGCAAAUCUGAAAGCACUAUCUCCCUAGAAGGCUCAUCAUUCAAUGAUGAAACAUCUUCUGGUUACACUUCAACCACUGAUGGGCAAGUUUGUGAUGUAGCAGAAGAGAAUGUGCAAGAUGUUCUAAAUCACCUAAAUCAAUCAAUAGAGGCUUUUAAUUCUGGUCUUCAGAUGAUUCAGUGCUCCACGGAUGCUCACAGCCCAGGACAAAGAGAGAAUUCUACCAAACAUAAGAAUACAAUUAAUGAUGGUAUCUUUCUUAAUCCUGUAUCUCUUCCUUUGAGUGAUAAUCUGAUCACUAAAAGACAGCUGGCCUAUAACACCCUGGAUGCAACACCCCGGCAUGAAUUCUACAUCCAUUCUGUAGCCCCUGGGAGGCUGAAACGAAGCCGUCCAUCCUUAGAUAUUCUUCGUAAUGCCAUAACUGAUGACCAACAAAUGGUCCCAGUGUCCCUGGAUCAAGAUGUGGAAUCUUGUGAAAAAGAAAACCAUGAAACAGUGGAAGAAUCUGAUGAAAAGUCUAAUAUGAAGAAGGCACCAAAAGGGGGGCCUGUCCGAUUUGGAUGGAUCAAAGGAGUAAUGAUCCGUUGCAUGCUGAAUAUUUGGGGAGUUAUUUUAUACCUAAGAUUACCAUGGAUUACUGCACAGGCUGGCAUAGGUCUCACAUGGCUGAUUAUUCUGAUGUCUGUCUUGGUAACGUCUAUCACUGGCUUAUCAAUUUCUGCUAUCUCCACUAAUGGCAAAGUCAAGUCAGGUGGAACCUAUUUCUUGAUUUCUCGAAGCCUGGGGCCAGAGUUAGGAGGCUCCAUCGGACUUAUUUUUGCAUUUGCCAAUGCAGUUGCAGUUGCCAUGCAUACAGUGGGCUUUGCAGAGACUGUUCGAGAUCUUCUCAUAGAAUACAAUGCUGUCAUUUCUGACCCAGUUAAUGACAUCAGAAUUAUUGGUGUGAUAACAGUUACAGUUCUUCUUGGAAUCUCUUUAGCUGGAAUGGAAUGGGAAGCUAAGGCCCAGGUCGUAUUCUUCUUUGUCAUUAUGGUGUCCUUUGUGAAUUAUUUAGUGGGAACAUUUCUCCCUACUGAGGAAAAACAAUCUAAAGGGUUUUUUGGCUACCAAGGGUCCAUUUUCUUGGAAAACAUUGUCCCUGACUGGCGUGGUGAAACUGGGACCUUUUUUGGAAUGUUCUCUAUAUUCUUUCCAUCUGCUACUGGUAUCCUGGCUGGUGCAAACAUUUCUGGAGACCUUAAGGAUCCAGCAGUGGCUAUACCCAAAGGAACAUUGAUGGCUAUAUUUUGGACCACCAUAUCAUACCUGGCAAUUUCUGCCACCAUAGGUUCCUGUGUUAUUCGUGAUGCAUCUGGUAUUUUGAACGACACAAUCCCUAUGAACGAGACAGUGGAUUGUGAAGGACUGAGCUGCCAGUUUGGCUGGAACUUCACUGAAUGCCAGGAAGCAGGAUCAUGUUACUAUGGCCUGUCUAACCACUAUCAAGCAAUGAGCAUGGUGUCCGCAUUCAGCCCUCUGAUCACAGCUGGUAUCUUUGCUGCUACUCUCUCUUCAGCACUAGCCUGUCUCGUGUCUGCUCCAAAAGUCUUCCAGUGUCUUUGCAAGGACAAACUUUAUCCUUUCAUUGGAUUCUUUGGGAAAGGUUAUGGGAAGAACAAUGAGCCACUCCGUGCAUACAUUCUGACCUUCGUCAUCGCUAUUGCAUUCAUCCUCAUUGCUGAGCUAAACGUCAUUGCUCCAAUUAUCUCCAACUUCUUCCUGUGCUCCUACGCGCUCAUCAACUUCAGCUGUUUCCAUGCGUCCAUCACUAACUCUCCAGGUUGGCGCCCAUCAUUCCGUUAUUACAGCAAAUGGACUUCCCUUUUUGGUGCAGUGGUGUCUAUAGUCAUCAUGUUCCUCCUCACAUGGUGGGCUGCUAUAAUUGCUGUGAGCAUCAUAGUUAUCCUGCUUGGUUAUGUCAAUUACAAAAAGCCAGAUGUGAACUGGGGAUCAUCUGUGCAGGCAGGAGCUUACAGCAUGGCACUCACCUACAGUGUUAGCUUGACUGGCGUACAGGAACACGUCAAGAACUACAGGCCACAGUGUCUUGUACUCACCGGACCUCCAAAUUUCCGUCCAGCUUUGGUUGACUUUGUGAGCUCUGUUACCAAGAACAUAAGCCUUAUGAUCUGUGGCAAUGUUGUGACUGAGAAUGACAAGGUGACUGACUCAGAUGGACACCUGCGGUGGCUGAACACCAGAAAAGUGAGAUCCUUUUAUAGUGUUAUCUGUGAAAACAACCUGAGAGCAGGAGCCAGGAAUCUCAUGCAGGUGUCUGGACUUGGUCGUCUAAAGCCAAACACAUUGGUGUUAGGGUAUAAAACUAACUGGCAAAACGAUUCCCUACGGAGCCUAGAAGAAUAUGUAGGAGUUAUACAUGAUGCGUUAGACCGCCACUUUGGAGUGUGUGUUUUGAGGACAAAGGAUGGGCUUGAUGUGUCCCAAAAGGUGCAAGGCCAAGUCAAUCUGGCCUUUGCUGAUUCUGAUGAUGAAGUGGAAUGUAACAAAGAGCUAGAGAAAGUGCCACCCAGCCCAGGCCCAGAGAUUCUCAGCCAAACCAGUACUGAAUUCCAAACCAGACAGGGCAAAAAAAACAUCCAUAUCUACUGGCUGUAUGACGAUGGAGGCCUAACACUCCUUAUCCCAUACCUGCUGACCCGAAGGAAGAGAUGGGGCCAAUGUAAAGUCCGUGUAUACAUCAGAGGAACAAAGGAAAACGCAGAGCAUGAGAAAAAAGAUAUUCAAGAUCUCCUGGAGAAGUUCAGGCUGGGCUUCCAUGAGGUUGUAGUGCUCACAGACAUCGACCAAAAGCCACGACCCAAAACGGUAAAGAUGUUUGAGGACAUUAUUGCCCCAUACAAGGUCCCUGAGGUGCGAACAGGAGAGGAAGAAUCUGAAAUUCCUGUCUGUGGUAUCACAGAAACUGACCUGCUUAAUUACAUGAACAAGUCUGAGCGCUACAUGAGGGUGAAUGAGAUCCUACACGAAAACUCAAAGGACGCUGCUCUUAUUGUAAUUAGCCUUCCGAUUGCUACCAAAGCAAUCUGCCCCAGUCCUCUCUACAUGGCCUGGCUGGAAAGCAUUUCACAUGACCUCAUCCCACCAGUGAUCUUUAUACGUGGCAACCAACAGGAUUCGCUAACAGUAUACUGUCAGUAA